AUGGGGGGACGUUUAGGAGGCGGUCGGGAUUGCGAGGGGGGGGGGGUGUGUUGGGACACAGCGGGAGCGGGGGGGGGCCAAUCGGGGUGGGUAUCACCGGGGGACACGGCUGCUGAAGGUCCGGCCCAAAACGGACGGAUCCGCACAGGGGGGGGAUCCAAGGAAACGCGCCCCCCUAUCCACGGUAGCGCCGGAGACCCGGGGGGGGGCUGGCGUUACCGCCGUAGAGAUAUAGAGGGGGGGGGAGCUCCCCCCCCCGGCCGGGGUGCCGGACGGAUUUCGGGUGUACCCCACGCCCGUAUAUGUCUCGAAUCAGAUUUGACCGGGGGGAAUUGUUGUAACACCUAG